ACCUAUCCUUUUUAUCUGUGUUUUUUAAACAUUCAUAAUUUUUUUUUUAAAUGCGAAAAUUAUAAAUAUACCAACAAGUUCACUCGACAAAUACCAACCUUUUCCCAUCUUCCCCAUCUCUUUCCUUUGUUACCAUCCUUCUCUUCAUACAAUGGGCACAGAUUUUUCCUUGGCCUUAGUUUAGUUCCGAGAUCUUGCAUGUUUAUUGGGUUUCACUCUGUAGAUAUGCGGCGGUUUAUCAGCACAAUGCGCCUGGCGAGACAAAUUAGGGGAAUAACAUAUAUAUACCCAUUUCCAAAGGCCACUUCCAACAAUCCUCUCACCAUUGAUAGCCGCCUCCUCGGUCCGCCGGAGAUCAGAGACGCCCCGCCACUGGCCUCCGAUGAUCCUAUUUCGACGGAGAUCAGAGAUGCCUCGCCGCCGGUCUCCGAUGAGCCACCGGACAAGCCCACCGGUGAACCCUUCCUUGAUGUAAUGGAUUCUAACUUCAACGCGUCAUCGGAGCCGCCGAGGGGUUUAACCGAGAAUUCAUCGGUGACGUUUAUCUCAUCCGGCAAUCCCUGCCUCGAUUUCUUCUUCAAGGUCGUCCCUGAUACGCCGGCAAGCACUGUGAUCGACCUCCUCACCGCCGCUUGGAAGCAUGAUCCUCUCACCGCGCUCAAACUCGUGUGCAAUCUCCGUGGCGUUCGUGGCACCGGGAAGUCAGAUAAGGAGGGGUUCUACACCGCCGCACUAUGGCUUCAUGCUCACCAUCCCAAAACCCUCGCCCUCAACGUCGGAUCCUUCGCUGAGUUUGGUUACAUGAAGGAUCUCCCUGAGAUCCUUUACCGCCUCAUUGAUGGAGCCGAUACACGCAAGAUCGCAAAGGAUGAGUACGAGCAGAUCAGAAUGGCCGCCCAGCAUGCACGGUGGAAGCUCUACUACGGCGAAGCCAAGGAGGGCAGCGCCAAUGAGAAGAAGAAGAAGAAGAUCGGUACGAGAGAAGAGAGGAUCGCCGCCGAGCUCAUCAGAGUGAAGAUCGAGAUCGAGAAGGCCAGGAAGCAGAGGCACGAGAAGAAGAUCAAGCUCAGCGAUCCGGCCGUGAACCGCUACGCCAGUGAUCCAGCCUACCAGUUCCUCCAGGACCGCAUCUCCGAGUUCUUCGCCAAGCUCUUGGUCUCCGAUCUCGAGCAACUGAAGAAGGAGAAGUUCAACAGGAUCGGUCUCGCCGCCAAAUGGUGCCCUUCUCUCGAUUCAUGCUUCGAUCGCACAACUCUCCUCUGCGAGAGCAUCGCUCGCCGGGUCUUCCCAAAAGAGUCCAACCCUGAGUACGCCGAUAUCGAGGAGCGCCACUAUGCCUACCGUGUCCGUGACCUGCUCCGCCGUGAAGUUCUCGUCCCUCUUCGGAAAGUUCUCCAGCUACCAGAGAUUUUCAUGAGCUCAAGGCAAUGGAACGCCCUGCCAUACAACCGCGUGGCAUCCAUCGCCAUGAAGAACUACAAGGAUAUAUUCAAGAUGCACGACAACGAUCGUUUCUUAAACUUCCUUGAGGAUGUGAAGAAAGGCAAGGCCAAGAUCGCCGCCGGUGCUCUACUCCCUCAUGAGAUCCUUGCAGCCGUCUGCAAACCCAAAGACAAAGAUGGUGAUGAUGAUGAUGUAGCAGAGCUACAAUGGGCGAGGAUGGUGCAGGACGUUUUGAAGCUUGGUAAGCUUAACAACUGCAUUGCUGUUUGUGAUGUCUCUGGGAGCAUGUUUGGGACUCCAAUGGAGGUCUGUGUGGCCAUGGGGAUACUUAUCUCAGAGCUCAGUGAGGAGCCAUGGAAGGGAAGAGUGAUCACAUUCAGUGCUGAACCUCAACUCCACAAGAUCACAGGCAAUACAUUGAGGGAAAAGAGUGAGUUUGUGGAGAGUAUGACUUGGUGGGGGAUGAACACUGACUUCCAGAAAGUGUUUGAUCAGAUUCUGCAGGUGGCCGUGCAGGGGAAUUUGCAGCCGGAGCAGAUGAUCAAGAGAGUUUUCGUGUUCAGUGAUAUGGAGUUCGACCAGGCAUCGAACAGCAGUUGGGAGACUGACUAUGAGGUGAUCUGCAGGAAGUUUCAGGCCAGUGGUUACGGUGAGGCAAUUCCGGAGAUUGUGUUUUGGAACCUCAGGGAUUCGAGCUCGAUCCCUGUGACUGCUAACCAGAAGACGGUGGGGCUUGUCAGCGGAUUCUCGAAGAAUCUGGUGAAGCUGUUCCUUAAGGGAGGUGGCAUUGUGGAUCCAGUUGCUAUCAUGGACCGUGCAAUCUCUUCUAAAUUGUAUGAAAAAUUGGUGGUCUUUGAUUGAACAAACAAAGACUAACAAUAAUUUCAUCUCUGCAAUG